AUGGAAAAGUACAACGUUGACGUGCUAGCGGUCCAAGAAGUACGGUGGGAAGGAUGUGGUGAAAUUGAAUGCAACGGUACAAAAUUCCGUUUUAGUGGUAACGCUGAAAGGUCUGGUAGGUCGGGGACUGGAUUUCUGCUCAACAAACGAGUGGAAAAAUCGUUUUUGGGCUUCAGACCAAUAAAUGACAGAAUAUGUGUAAUCUCCCUUAAAGGAAUGUUUAGCAAAUUUACGCUGAUAAAUGCCUAUGCUCCAACAGAAGACGCAGAUGAUAUCGCUAAAGAGACCUUUUAUACAGACUUAGACGAGACAUUGUGCAAAAUUCCAUCACAUGAUACAAAAAUAUUACUUGGAGACUUCAAUGCAAAAAUUGGAAGAGAGCAAUACAUUUCUAAUGUAGCUGGCUUACACUCACUACACACCGUGUCAUCAGACAAUGGUAAACGGUUGUGUCAGCUCGCAACUGGCUCCGGUAUGUACAUUAGCAGCACGCAUUUUCCACACAAAAACAUACAUAAGGGGACAUGGCAGCUACCAGGCUCAACAACAGCCAACCAAAUAGAUCAUGUUCUUAUAGACCAUAUUAAGAAAUCGUUUAUCCUUGAUGUUCGUAGCUGUAGAAGUGCGAAUGUCGAUAGCGACCAUUUUCUGGUAAAAGCCACAGUAAGACAAAGUCUAAAGGGCGUGCGUAGAAAUUACGGAUCUAGAAGGAAAAAAUGGGACGUUGACAAGUUACAUGAUAGCGAAACGGUCCAUCAAUAUGAGCAGAGAGUAAACGAAUCACUUAGACAUAUCACGAACUAUACCAAUAUAAACGAGCAUUGGAAAGUUUUUGCAAAUUCAAUCACAAAAGCAGCAGAAGAAACCGUUGGUGUGAAAAGAAAUCGUAGACGCAACAAUUGGUUUGAUAACGACUGUGCAGUCGCAGUGGAAGCUAAGAAUGUAGCCAGGGAGCAAAUAAAAAAAAAAGAAGCCGUCAAUAGAGAAAUCCUAAACAUCAAUAGAGAUUUUGCAGAUCGAAAUGCUAAAGGUUUCUUCCACAACAUCAAGCAUCAAACAAAGGGUUUUCAAGCGCGAAUCAACAUGUGUAAAGACAAAGAUGGGGAACUACUAGUAGAAAAAGAGGGCAUUAUCAAAAGAUGGCAGGAACAUUUUCAAGAACUUUUCAACAUUGUUUCGGAAAGUAAUAACCUAUCCUUAACAGACUUAGCUACAAGUACAGAACAAGAACCUGAACCCAGCCUUGAGGAAUUUACAGAAGCCAUAAAGCAAAUGAAAAACGGAAAAUCACCCGGUGAAGAUAGUAUAUCAGCAGAGCUCAUUAAACAUUGCGGAGAAAGCGCAAAAAUAGAGCUGUUUACAUUAAUCAAGCGUGUCUGGGCUGAAGAAAGGCUGCCGGAAGCGUGGCUCACUGGCGUAGUAGUACCACUGCACAAAAAAGGUGACAAACUAGAUUGUAAUAACUACCGAGGCAUAACGUUGUUAAGCUCAUGUUACAAAAUUUUUACAUGCAUUUUAAACAAGCGACUAAAGAAUGCAGCGGAGGAAAUCUUAGGUGAAUACCAAGGGGGCUUCAGACCGAAUCGUUCAACGACCGAUCAAAUAUUCCUGCUUAAACAGAACUUGGAAAUGAGUUAUGAGUUCAAUGCAGUAGUGCAUAUCCUUUUCAUCGACUUCAAACAAGCAUUUGACAGCAUCGAUAGAAAAAUGAUACAGGAAGCUCUACAAUCACUCGGGAUCAAUCAGAAGCUCAUAAAACUAAUAAUGAUUACAUUGUGCAAUACAACUGGAAAAGUGAUAGUGCAAGACAGUCUAACAGAUGCCUUUGAAAUUAAAAGUGGAGUGAAGCAAGAAGAACGCGAAACAGUGGUGAUGGAAGUUGAAGCGAUAUUAAAAUUACGACCAUUGACUUCAAUGUCCAAUGAUUCAACUGAUUUGACAGCAAUAACUCCAGGACACUUAUUAAUUGGAAAAGCUCUUACAGCUCAAGUAGAUAGGCGGUCAAAACCAGAAAAACAUACGUUAUUGUCACGUUGGAACAAAGUUUUCCAGUUAAAACAUAAUUUCUGGAAAUUUUGGUCUAACCAUUAUUUGAUGGAACUAUAUAACAAAUGGAAAACACAAUCUAAAUACAUACAAUUAGGAGACAUUGUUAAAAUCAAAGAAGACAACGUCCAAAUGAUGCAGUGGCUCUAG